AUGCUGGGCACCUACCUACCUACCAUCAAUACAACGAUACAGACAGAUACAGACCCAGACUCUGGACAAGGAUCUCGCAGUUUGUCGAGCCCAGAGAUGUCGGCAAGAGAAGAGAGAGUUCCCGUGAUAUCAUCGCCCGAUGGCAGCAUCGAUGGAGAAGCGCACACUAUGCCGUUACGCCCUCGCACACAGCUCGACAAUAUGAUCAACGAUGUCAUUGAGCAAUAUGAGGAUGAAGGAGAUGCCGACCGUCAGCAACUUGUAACAGCUAACCAAGACAACUUGGGUCACUACGGUCAGACAAAAGAACAGCAGGCUAAUUGA